AUGACAUCAUCACUCACUCGACGACAAGAUUCUACUUACAAGAUUCUUGACUCCUUCAAAACUGAUUACUCACCCGUACCAACCAAUACGUCUUCAUCUAACUCGUGCGCAAGCACAAGUCACAGUUCCCAAUAUUUGAACUUGACAUCUUCUGCUGCUGAUACUUCAUAUUCGACGUGUUGUCAUAGCCGAUCUAGUAGUUCCAGCGAUCCUUUAUCUUCUAACACCGCCUCUGAGGUUAUAAUCGGUUGUAGCGAACCUGAACCGAAGACUUCAUUACGUCCCGGUGGAGGAGGUGGUGUAGAAGGAGGAGCAUCAAGACCCACAGGAGCGACUAGGUGGGCGGAUCCUCGUGGCAGUUCAACUGCCGUUUGUCGCAUGGUCGCCACCGUUCCCUUUGAGCCAUUAAAAUGGGCUUUCCUCCUGAUCUAUUUAGUGGUUGCCGGUCUAUCUAAUUGGGCCGUAUUGGCUUAUACCCAUGAUUAUGUGCCUAGAGACCCAUUGCCGGAUAUCAUAUUUUGGCUUGUACCAGAACAACAAUGGGCAACAGCAUGGGGGGAUUUAAUGGUUACUUUGUGCCUCCUAUGUCUUCUAGUUCUUCUAUUUUUCCACGAACAGCGUAUAGUUAUCGCUAGGAGAGUCAUCUUUAUAGCUGCCACUCUUUAUGCUAUGAGAUCGUGUACUUUAAUGGUCACGCAACUUCCAUCCGGAUAUGAAAAUAAUACUCAACGAUGUCGUGAGCGACUGGACAGUCCAGACAUUCAGACGUUCUUUGAGCGCUUAGGUGAACAGACGCUUCGACUUGGAUUCCAAGGAGGAACGCAGAUGUUAUGUGGCGAUUUGUUGUUUUCCGGUCACACCUUAGUCAUGAUUGUCUGUACUAUAACAGUAGCCUAUUAUUUACCGAAUCGAUGGCGUUUGCUUCAAUGGAUUCCAACGAUCUUUUCCAUAUUUGGAAUGAGCUGUAUGGCCAUCUCCAGAACACACUAUACCAUAGAUAUCAUAGUAGCAUAUUGGUUAACCAACUUCAUAUUUAGAGUCUAUCAUGCUUAUUGUGAGGUUGACAUUUAUAUUGAACGACGUAGGUCUGUCUUGCAUGAUUUGUGGCUUUGCCGUGUAAUUGCUUGGCUGGAGGAGUCUAUUGUUCCGGGAAAAAUCGAAAAUCGCUUUACCAUUCCGUUUUCCCAUUAUCUGAGAGCACCAGGGCACCACAAGCAAAUAUCUAUUAGCUCAUCCUCUACAUUCAAUCAGGCUUAA